AUGUGCUCGAGAAAAACGGGCCUUCUGGCUGUGAUCCCCAGUCCGGCGACGGCGGCGCCCGUCGCCCCAUCUACCCCUGCCGUUCCAUCGAAGGAGGACACGAAUCUCGCUUGUCAAUGGACUUCGUGUCAAGAGAAGUUUGAGACUCCCGAGGAUCUUUACAACCACCUUUGUGAUAUCCACGUCGGGCGUAAGAGUACCAAUAAUCUCUGUUUGACGUGCGCCUGGGGCACUUGCAGAACUACUACCGUCAAGCGGGAUCACAUCACCUCGCACAUCCGCGUCCACGUUCCGCUUAAGCCGCAUAAGUGUGAAUUCUGUCAGAAAGCUUUUAAAAGACCUCAGGAUCUAAAGAAGCAUGUGAAGACACAUGCGGACGAUUCUGUCCUGCUCCGUUCUCCUGAGCCGGAUGGGUUAGGUAGGAGGGCAUCCGCCGUUCACCAAGCUCGGGGAGAUAAUGUUCAUGGUCAGUAUACCACCGGUGCGGGAAUGCAACCUCUAGCUGCGACUGCUGCGCAGGCGUAUUACGGUAUCGGCGCAUAUUACCCCGGCCCCAACCAAGCGCCCGGAGCCGCUCCAGUAUAUUACUACAACGCUCCCCAGGCUCCCCAGCAAGACAUGGCCCAAGCGGCGCCUCUCAGCGAGAAUAAUAAGAAGCGCAAUUAUGAUGGGAUGGAUCAGUUCUUCGAUGACGCUAAGCGACACAAGAUCCAACCGGUUUACGAUGGAGCCAUGGCGCAGAGGCUCUCUGCAUUGCAAUUCGUUCCGACCACUAGUGAGGGUGUUGAUUUCAACGGGCAUCAUGCGCCCACCGUGACUGCGUCCCCAUCGGCCCAGACUCAAUUCACCCUCCCGUCGCUCCGGACGAAGCAGGACCUAAUUGACGCUGACAACUUCCUCACCCAAUUGUCUGCUAAUGUUUAUGAGAACCCUGCCGCGGCUACCGCAGCUGGCGUUCCGGCCGGUGGAGCGCAUUUUACUCAACAGUAUCGCCCUAACCAACCAUCUUCCCCGCACGGCACUCCUGCUGCCCAACCGCAACAGCAUAGUCCUAGCCAUACUCCUGUUGCGCACGAUACUACCUCGACCACUGCACCGACUAUACCCGCUACCUCUAACUCGACUGGUACUCCCGCUUUGACCCCACCCAGUCAACAACACUCAACACCUCCUACCGUCUCGCCUCAGACUUCGGCCUCGAUGUACCCAACUCUCCCGGCUGCGGUUACCAGCAGUGAGAUGUCUGCUGGAUAUCCCGCACCAGUUUCCACUGCGCCCCCCACUUCCCUCGGGCCAACUUUCGAGUCUGAACAGCGCAGGAGGAUUAGCGUCGGUGUAUUACAGAAAGCUUCGAGAUCCUCAGAGGAUACCGACGUCGAUAUGGGAACCGAUGAUAUCUUUGGCAACUUAAAGAAGAACGAGAUCAGCAGUAGCCUCAUCGAUCCCGAGCUUGGCGCGUUGUCUGGAGAGACAAUGCAGCAGCAGCAGCAGCAGGAAGAGGGUCCCCCGGCAGCAGCCGAGAAGGACGAGAUCGUCUCCUGGGAAAGGAACAUUGGUGUCAUCAAUAGUCUUCGCGAUUACGUUAAAGAGCUAUUGAGGGAGGAAGAUGAGAAGGAAAAACGUGGUGAGGGGGAGGAUCACAUCAUGACGGACCACGAUGGCGGUGUCGACGCAUCAAACGUAGACCAGCAGCCACAGGAGGAGGGCGGAAGUGAUGAGCGUGCCAAAGAGGAACAAACGGAUGCUCAGGCCCUCUACCCGGUUCUGAGGGCUGUCGCCGUAGCUUGAUAACUUUUUCAUGAUUUAUCCCUUCUUUAUCGGACGAUCCAUAGCGGGGUCAUGAAGUUAUGAUGGUUGUACCAGCAAGAGUGGAGGGGUUAGGUAGAGGAGGAGGUGAAGGGUACUAUUCAGGCUUCGAUUUUCGUUUCAUCUCUUUUGCUUUUCUCCUCCUGUCUUCAACCUCCCUCCUUUUCUCAUUUACUACUACGAUGGCUGGAGCUUUCUCUUCUUCUCCUUUCCUUUGUUCAGUUCUGUUGCAUUUCCUUCAACCUUCCCCACCCCAUCCUUCUAUCCGUCUCGCCUCUGGAUGAAUGGGUUGGAAGUUCCGCGCAGGCCGGCCGUCUGUCCCAUCGUGAGGAAAUAAAGGGCGGAGGGAAUAGGGAGGAUUUUCAGUAAACUACUUACACUCUUCGUCGUGAAUGUCUGUUCUUCCUUGUUUGCUUGCUCACCUGUUCUUUCUGUUUCUUAGACAGAAAACUACGAAAAAAAUACUAUUUCUCCCCCCCCUCCUCUUUAUAUUACAAAAUGGAAUAUUUUCUUGCCCCCUUUGCUCUCUCUACUCUUGUGUUCUCAACCCCUUGACACUGGGGUUUUUCUUCUUUGCCUGUUUUGCGUUUUAGUUAUUUUAUUUGUUACGGGUUAUUUCUUUCAUGUAAUUCUUUUCUUCUUUUCUUUAUUAGUCGUGUGUUGGUAAAACAAAUGGUUGUCUACUCAG